AGUGAAAUUAGGGAUAAUCAGAGCGAUCGUGGGAAGGUGAGCAAUCGGAAGAACACUGUAUAGAGAGAAGCAAGCAAUGGGCGGAGGUAAUGGCCAGAAGUCGAAGAUGGCUCGUGCUAAGCACUUGGAGAAGACGAAGGCCCCCAAGGGAAGUCAGCUUGAAUCCAACAAGAAAGCUAUGAAUAUCCAGUGCAGAGUAUGCAUGCAGACGUUCAUUUGCACCACUUCGGAGGCGAAGUGCAAGGAACACGCUGAGGCCAAACACCCCAAAGCCGAUCUCUACACGUGCUUCUCUCAUCUCAAGGAAUAAUAUGAUGCCAACCUGCGCUGCGCCUAACUUCCUUUCUGUUCUCUCAAUGUGAUAAAAGCUGCUGCUGCUGUUGUUGGGAAUGUUAAAUACUAGGGAGAUAUAACACUUAGCCCCAACGUCAAUGUGGGAUGUGCCUAUAUAAUAUAAUAUAUAUAUAUAUAUUGUCUGUGAACUUGUCGGUGAUAUAUAUAUGGGUGGUUGCUGAAAUGGUUUGCACAUUUUAUAAACUUUCUUUGUAAA